AUGGGGUUUGGCAGGUGGAUAUGGGUACAAAAAUGGGCUUUCUUGUUAGCAGUUUGCUGUAUCCAUCAGAUAGGAGCCCAGAUAGAAAUCCAACAGGAAGCAGGAAGCGAAGACACUGAGGUUGUUCAGCAGAAACAAAAUAUUUCAUCUAAGGUGAACAUCAUCCAGCCAAUGCUGACAAAUCCAGUAAUAACCCCUUCCAAUCCUGCUCACAAUGGCCGCGUGUGCAGUACGUGGGGCAACUUCCACUUCAAGACCUUUGAUGGAGACAUAUUCUCCUUCCCUGGACUCUGUAAUUACGUUUUUUCAUCCCAUUGCAACGCUCCCUAUGAGGAUUUCAACAUCCAGAUUAGGCGCAUAAUGGAGGAAAAUGCUGUAACAGUCAACCGCAUCACUAUGAAACUUGAAGGUGUUGCUGCUGAACUAACAAAGGGUGUUGUCAUGAUCAACAGCAACAGAGUUCAACUGCCAUACAGCCAAUCUGGAAUUCUGAUAGAGAAAAGCGGCAUUUAUGUGAAAGUUGUCAGCAAAAUGGGUAUUGUGCUAAUGUGGAAUGAAGAUGACAGUAUCCUGCUGGAAUUGAAUGAGAAAUAUGUCAAUCAGACUUGUGGACUUUGUGGGGACUUCAAUGGCUUUCCAAUUUACAAUGAGUUCUAUUCAAACAAUAUUAAGAUGACAGCCUUGGAGUUUGGGAAUAUGCAGAAAAUGGAUGGGCCAACAGAAUACUGUGAAGACUCCACUUCUACCUUGCCAAAUAAUUGCACUGACAAUUUUGAUGACAUAUGCCAGAGAACACUGACCAGCUCUCCAUUCGCAGAGUGUAAUGACCUAGUUGAUGUUAGAGAGUACAUUAUGAUUUGUCAAGAUGACUUGUGCCGCUCUGAAAAAUCUAAAAAUGCUUCAUGCAUAUGUCAUACCUUUGCUGAAUACUCCCGGCAGUGUGCUCAUGCUGGUGGGCAUCCUCUGAACUGGAGAACCUCAAAACUGUGCCCCAAGAAGUGUCCUUACAACAUGCAGUACCAAGAGUGCAGCUCCCCCUGUGCUGACACCUGCACCAAUCCUGAACGAUCUCAGUUUUGUGAAGAACACUGUAUGGAUGGUUGUUUCUGCCCCCCAGGGACUGUAUUUGAUGACGUCAACAAUUCUGGCUGCAUUCCCCAUGAGCAGUGCUCCUGUGUUUACAAUGGCAACACCUAUGCUCCAGGAACUUCUUUUUCAGAGCAGUGUCAUUCCUGUACCUGUAAUGGAGGCCAGUGGAGUUGCCAAGACAUGUCAUGUCCAGGAACAUGUUCAGUAGAGGGAGGUUCGCACAUUUCCACAUAUGAUAAAAAACAUUAUGAUCACCAUGGAGACUGCACUUAUGUCCUUUCUAAGCAUUGUAAAGACGAAACUUUCACCAUCCUGGUAGAACUACGCAAAUGUGGCAUAACAGACACUGAGACAUGUUUGAAGACAGUGACCCUCCGCAUGAAUAAUGGACAAACUCUCAUCGAGGUCAGACCUGAUGGUGGUGUGUUUGUGAAUUCAAUCUACACCCAUCUGCCCUUCUCAGCAGCUAAUGCCACUGUGUUCAGACCUUCAUCAUUUUUCAUCAUCAUCCAGACAAACUUUGGUGUCCUCCUUGAAAUCCAAAUCAUACCUAUCAUGCAAGUGUAUGUGCGACUGGAUCCUAUUUUCAAAAACAAGACCUGUGGUCUCUGUGGAAAUUUCAAUAAUAUCCAAACUGAUGACUUCAAGGUCAUAAGUGGAAUAAUUGAAGGAACAGCAACAGCAUUUGCUAAUACAUGGAAAACUCAGGCUUCAUGUCCUAAUAUCCAGCACAGCUUUGAGAACCCUUGUGCACUCAGCAUUGAUAAUGAAAAAUAUGCUCAGCAUUGGUGUGGACUACUAACAGACAGCAAAGGACCUUUUGCUGAUUGUCACUAUGCAGUGAAUCCCUCUGUUUACCACACGAACUGCAUGUUUGACACAUGUAACUGUGCAAAUAGUGAGGACUGUCUGUGUGCAGCCCUGUCUUCCUAUGUGAGAGCUUGUGCUGCGAAAGGAAUCCAGCUGCACGGGUGGAGGACUGAUGUCUGCUCAAAAUACACCACCUCAUGUCCCAAAUCCCUAAGCUACAGCUAUACCAUCUCUUCCUGUCAACCCACUUGUCGAUCUCUGAGUGAGCCUGACGUCAUAUGCAACAUUAGGUUUGUCCCGGUUGAUGGCUGCACCUGCGUAAAUGGAACCUACAUGGAUGACAGUGGCAAAUGUGUGCCUGCUCAUGAAUGCCCUUGCUACUACAAAGGAUCUCCCAUACCAUUUGGAGUUGUCCAUGAAAAUGGGCUUCUAUGCACUUGCAUUCAGGGAAGACUGAAUUGCAUUGGAGCACCCAAUCCAAAUCCAGUCUGUGAAUCUCCUAUGGUCUACUUCGACUGUACAAACACCACUGCAGGAACAAUUGGAGCAGAAUGUCAAAAAAGUUGCCAGACUUUGGAUAUGCAGUGUUAUAGCACGCAAUGUGUAUCUGGCUGCGUGUGCCCAGCCGGGCUUGUAUCAGACGGGAAUGGUGGUUGUAUUCCUGAGGAGGAAUGUCCAUGUAUUCACAAUGAAGCCAUGUAUCAGCCUGGGGAAAAGAUCAUUGUUGACUGUAACACCUGUUUCUGCAAGAAUAGAAAGUGGGAAUGCACUGAAGAUCAAUGUCUGGGCACUUGCGCUGUUUAUGGAGAUGGUCAUUAUAACACCUUUGAUGACACAAGGUUCAGUUUCAAUGGAAACUGUGAAUACACACUAGUCCAGGACCACUGUGGGAGGAGUGGCAGAGCCAAUGGAACCUUCAGGGUUAUCACUGAAAAUAUUCCCUGUGGCAACACUGGGACAACUUGCUCAAAAUCAAUCAAAGUUUUCUUAGAGAGCUAUGAACUCAUACUUGGUGAGGAGCAUGUCAGUGUCGUAAAGACAGGUCAGAAUGGUAAGGUGCCAUACACAGUCCGCUAUAUGGGCAUGUACUUGGUAAUUGAGACCACAAGUGGACUGAUCCUCAUGUGGGACAAGAAAACCACCCUCUUCAUCAAGCUCAGCCCCAAUUUUAAGGGCCAGAUCUGUGGCCUCUGUGGAAAUUAUGAUGGCAAUGGCAUCAAUGAUUUUACUACAAGGAGUCAGUCUGUGGUAGAGAAUGUUCUAGAGUUUGGAAACAGCUGGAAAGUAUCCUCUACCUGUCCUGAUGCUAACAACAUAAAGGACCCAUGUUCUACCAACCCUUAUCGAAAGUCCUGGUCAGAGAAGCAGUGUAGCAUCAUCAAUAGCAACGUGUUUGCUGCCUGUCACUCUCAGGUUGAACCAGCAAAAUAUUACCAAGCAUGUGUGACAGAUGCAUGUGCAUGUGACACUGGAGGAGACUGUGAUUGCUUUUGUACAGCAGUAGCUGCCUACGCUCAAGCGUGUAGUGAAGUUGGUGCCUGCAUAGCCUGGAGAACCCCAUCAAUCUGUCCACUGUUUUGUGAUUACUACAAUCAACAAGGGGAAUGUGAAUGGCACUAUAAGCCUUGUGGAGCUUCCUGUAUGAAGACCUGCAGGAACCCAAGUGGAAAAUGCUUCCAUAACUUUCCAGGUUUAGAAGGCUGCUACCCUAACUGCCCACCAGAAAAGCCAUAUUUUCAUGAGGAUCAGAUGAAGUGCGUUAGUCUCUGUGACUGUUAUGAUACUGAAGAUGGAAAGAUAUACAGAAGGGAUGAAUGUAAAGUAUGUGAAUGCACAUCAGAAGGUUUACAGUGCAAGUUUGAUGAAAAAGCAUGCCACUGCAUUUAUGAAGGGCAGACAUAUAAAUAUGGUGAACUCAUCUACAGCACCACAGAUGGAACUGGAUGGUGUUUCAGUGCAACAUGUGAUGUCAAUGGAGCAAUGAGCAGAAAUUUUUUUAGAUGCCAAUAUUGGAAUGAGACAACAACUCCAUUUCCAUCUUCUACAAUUCAGUCCACAACUACUACUUCAGGUAUGCAUGAAGUAACGACAACCGUAUGUGUGAAGAAAGUAUGUGCAUGGUCAGAAUGGUAUGAUUGCACACAGCCUGAAAACAGAGAGGACAGUGGAGAUUAUGAAACAUUUGAAAAUCUCAGAAAUAAAGGACACACUGUGUGUGAACAUCCAGAUGCUGUUCAAUGCAGAGCCAAAGAACACCCAGAUAUAGACAUAAACAAUCUUAACCAAACAGUAGAAUGUAGUCAAACCAGAGGAUUAACAUGCAAUAACACAGACCAACAAUCUAAGCAAUGCUAUAAUUAUGAAAUCAGAAUAUCAUGCUGCAGCUACAUACCAUGUUCUGAAAUACAACCUACAACACCAAGAACCACAGAAAAAAUCACUACGGCUGUAAAUGCAACACGAUCUUCUACACAGACAAUAAAACCAACACCAGAAACAACUACAACUGAAUCACAAAAAAACAACACCCAGACACCGCCAGCCAAAGAACCAACUCCUCAAACUGAAAUUUCACACACAACAAAGACAUCAGCAGUCUCAACAACAGCUUACCAGACAAAGCCAAUAACACCAAAAACCUCCACUCUGGCAACUGAGACUACAACAACACCCACUACCACCUACAUCACAUCUCCUCCACCAGUGACAACCACCACUGGCAGCACGGCUGUCCCCAGUCCCACUACCAUGCGAACAGAAAGCACAACCAUCAUCACGCCCACCAGAAUGUCUAUCAUCACACCCACCAGCACGGACAGUACCAUAAAGACCUCACCACUUAAAAAACAAACCACAAUCAACAUCAUCACACCCACAGCACCAGUGCCCACCUCAGCCAGCAGCACCACCAGCACCUCCAGGACCACUCCAAGAAGCACCAGAAUAACAACGACCGUGCCUGCUCCCACAGAAACCUCCACUGCGACAACCAGGACUACAACAUCAACCACGACUGCCUCCACCACAUCCCACCCACCAGUGACAACCACCACCACUGGCACCACAGCUGUCCCCAGUCCCACUGCCACACCAACAGAACGCACAACCACCACCACACCCAUCACCACGGCCAGUACCACAAGGACAUCUCCCACUCCAACAUCAGGUGCAAUCACCAGCACACCCACACCAACAGUGCCCACCUCCUCCAGCAGCACCAGCACCACCUCCAGGACCACUCCAGAAAGCACCACAAUGUCCAAGACUAUAUCUGCUCACACAGAAACCUCCACUGUGGCAACCAAGACUAUAACAUCAAACAUUUCUGUCUCCACAGCCAAACAGACCAUAAUGACAAUCACCGCUGGCACCACAGUCGUUUCAAGUCCCACAGCCCUGCCAAUAAACAUUAAAACUGCCAUCACAUCCACCACCACAGCCAGCACCACAAGGACCUCCCCACUUAAAACACAAACCGCAACCAUCACUAUAACAUCCACACAAACAGUGCCCACCUCCUCCAGCAGCACCACCAGCACCUCCAGAACAACUCCAGGAAGCACCACAACACCCAUGACCACGACUGCUCACACAGAAACCUCCACUGUGACUAGCAAGUCUCCAACAUCCACCACUACAGCCUCCACCACAUCCCCUCUAUCAACCACCACCACUGGCACCACAGCUGUCCCCAGUCCCACUGCCACACCAACAGAACGCACAACCACCACCACACCCACCAGCACAAGCAGCACCACAAGGACCUCUCCCACUCCAACAUCAGGUGCAACCACCAGCACACCCACAGCAACAGUGCCCACCUCCUCCAGCAGCACCACCAGCACCUCCAGGACAACUCCAGGAAGCACCACAACGCCCACGACCACGUCUGCUCACAAAGAAACCUCCACUGUGACUAGCAAGACUACAAGAGCACCCAGUACUGCCUCCACCAUAUCUCACCCACCAGUGACAACCACCACCACUGGCACCACAGCUGUCCCCAGUCCCACUGCCACACCAACAGAACGCACAACCACCACCACACCCACCAGCACAAGCAGCACCACAAGGACCUCUCCCACUCCAACAACAGGUGAAACCACCACCAGCACACCCACAGCAACAGUGCCCACCUCCUCCAGCAGCACCAAAAGCACCUCCAGGACCACUCCAGGAAGGACCACAACACCCACGACCACGUCUGCUCACACAGAAACCUCCACUGUGACAAGCAAGACUCCAACAUCCACCACUACUGCCUCCACCAUAUCUCACCCACCAGUGACAACCACCACCGCUGGCACCACAGCUGUACCCAGUCCCACUGCCACACCAACAGAACGCACAACCACCACCACACCCACCAGCACAAGCAGCACCACAAGGACCUCUCCAACUCCAACAACAGGUGCAACCACCACCAGCACACCCACAGCAACAGUGCCCACCUCCUCCAGCAGCACCACCAGCACCUCCAGGACCACUCCAGGAAGGACCACAACACCCACGACCACGACUGCUCACACAGAAACCUCCACUGUGACAAGCAAGACUCCAACAUCCACCCCUACAGCCUCCACCACAUCCACUCUAUCAACCACCACCACUGGCACCACAGCUGUGCCCAGUCCCACUGUCACACCAACAGAACGCACAACCACCACCACACCCACAGCAACAGUGCCCACCUCCUCCAGCAGCACCACCAGCACCUCCAGAACAACUCCAGGAAGCACCACAACACCCACGACCACGACUGCUCACACAGAAACCUCCACUGUGACAAGUAAGACUCCAACAUCCACCACUACUGCCUCCACCACAUCCCCUCUAUCAACCACCACCACUGGCACCACAGCUGUUCCCAGUCCCACUGCCACACCAACAGAACGCACAACCACCACCACACCCACCAGCACGGCCAGUACCACAAGUAUCUCUCCCACUCCCACUCCCAAUUCAGGCACAAGCACCAGCACACCCACACCAACAGUGCCUACCACAUCACCCACCAAUCCCUCCCACAUCCCCCACAGCACAACGAGCUGCUGUGCCUGGACCCAGUGGUUUGACGUGGAUUCCCCUCAACCUGGAAGUGAAAAUGGAGACAUAGAGACGUUUGCCAAAAUCCGAGCCGCUGGCUAUGACCUGUGCGACAAGCCUCAAGGCAUCGAGUGCCGUGCUAAAGAUUACCCUGACAGGGAUCUGGACAAACUGGGACAGAAGUUUGAGUGCAGCCUUGACGCUGGGCUUGUGUGCAGAAACAAGGACCAGAUCAAAAAGUACCCCAUGUGCUUCAACUACGAGAUCAGGGUGCUGUGCUGUGACCGUGAUGGCUGCACAACAGCAUCACCGCCAACCACCAGUGCAGGCCCCUCCACCACAGUCUCCUCUACAGAAACAUCCACUGUGACAACCGAGACUCUAACAUCAACCACGACUGCCUCCACCACGCCCCCACCACCAGUGACAACCACCACCACUGGCACCACAGCUGUCCCCAGUCCCACUGCCACACCAACAGAACGCACAACCAACACCACACCCACCAGCACAAGCAGCACCACAAGGACCUCUCCAACUCCAACAACAGGUGCAACCACCACCAGCACACCCACAGCAACAGUGCCCACCUCCUCCAGCAGCACCACCAGCACCUCCAGGACCACUCCAGGAAGGACCACAACACCCACGACCACGUCUGCUCACACAGAAACCUCCACUGUGACAAGCAAGACUCCAACAUCCACCACUACAGCCUCCACCAUAUCUCACCCACCAGCGACAACCACCACCACUGGCACCACAGCUGUCCCCAGUCCCACUGCCACACCAACAGAACGCACAACCACCACCACACCCACCAGCACAAGCAGCACCACAAGGACCUCUCCCACUCCAACAACAGGUGAAACCACCACCACACCCACAGCAACAGUGCCCACCUCCUCCAGCAGCACCACCAGCACCUCCAGGACCACUCCAGGAAGCACCACAACGCCCACGACCACGUCUGCUCACAAAGAAACCUCCACUGUGACUAGCAAGACUACAAGAGCACCCAGUACUGCCUCCACCAUAUCUCACCCACCAGUGACAACCACCACCACUGGCACCACAGCUGUCCCCAGUCCCACUGCCACACCAACAGAACGCACAACCACCACCACACCCACCAGCACAAGCAGCACCACAAGGACCUCUCCCACUCCAACAACAGGUGAAACCACCACCAGCACACCCACAGCAACAGUGCCCACCUCCUCCAGCAGCACCAAAAGCACCUCCAGGACCACUCCAGGAAGGACCACAACACCCACGACCACGUCUGCUCACACAGAAACCUCCACUGUGACAAGCAAGACUCCAACAUCCACCACUACUGCCUCCACCAUAUCUCACCCACCAGUGACAACCACCACCGCUGGCACCACAGCUGUACCCAGUCCCACUGCCACACCAACAGAACGCACAACCACCACCACACCCACCAGCACAAGCAGCACCACAAGGACCUCUCCAACUCCAACAACAGGUGCAACCACCACCAGCACACCCACAGCAACAGUGCCCACCUCCUCCAGCAGCACCACCAGCACCUCCAGGACCACUCCAGGAAGGACCACAACACCCACGACCACGACUGCUCACACAGAAACCUCCACUGUGACAAGCAAGACUCCAACAUCCACCCCUACAGCCUCCACCACAUCCACUCUAUCAACCACCACCACUGGCACCACAGCUGUGCCCAGUCCCACUGUCACACCAACAGAACGCACAACCACCACCACACCCACAGCAACAGUGCCCACCUCCUCCAGCAGCACCACCAGCACCUCCAGAACAACUCCAGGAAGCACCACAACACCCACGACCACGACUGCUCACACAGAAACCUCCACUGUGACAAGUAAGACUCCAACAUCCACCACUACUGCCUCCACCACAUCCCCUCUAUCAACCACCACCACUGGCACCACAGCUGUUCCCAGUCCCACUGCCACACCAACAGAACGCACAACCACCACCACACCCACCAGCACGGCCAGUACCACAAGUAUCUCUCCCACUCCCACUCCCAAUUCAGGCACAAGCACCAGCACACCCACACCAACAGUGCCUACCACAUCACCCACCAAUCCCUCCCACAUCCCCCACAGCACAACGAGCUGCUGUGCCUGGACCCAGUGGUUUGACGUGGAUUCCCCUCAACCUGGAAGUGAAAAUGGAGACAUAGAGACGUUUGCCAAAAUCCGAGCCGCUGGCUAUGACCUGUGCGACAAGCCUCAAGGCAUCGAGUGCCGUGCUAAAGAUUACCCUGACAGGGAUCUGGACAAACUGGGACAGAAGUUUGAGUGCAGCCUUGACGCUGGGCUUGUGUGCAGAAACAAGGACCAGAUCAAAAAGUACCCCAUGUGCUUCAACUACGAGAUCAGGGUGCUGUGCUGUGACCGUGAUGGCUGCACAACAGCAUCACCGCCAACCACCAGUGCAGGCCCCUCCACCACAGUCUCCUCUACAGAAACAUCCACUGUGACAACCGAGACUCUAACAUCAACCACGACUGCCUCCACCACGCCCCCACCACCAGUGACAACCACCACCACUGGCACCACAGCUGUCCCCAGUCCCACUGCCACACCAACAGAACGCACAACCAACACCACACCCACCAGCACAAGCAGCACCACAAGGACCUCUCCAACUCCAACAACAGGUGCAACCACCACCAGCACACCCACAGCAACAGUGCCCACCUCCUCCAGCAGCACCACCAGCACCUCCAGGACCACUCCAGGAAGGACCACAACACCCACGACCACGUCUGCUCACACAGAAACCUCCACUGUGACAAGCAAGACUCCAACAUCCACCACUACAGCCUCCACCAUAUCUCACCCACCAGCGACAACCACCACCACUGGCACCACAGCUGUCCCCAGUCCCACUGCCACACCAACAGAACGCACAACCACCACCACACCCACCAGCACAAGCAGCACCACAAGGACCUCUCCCACUCCAACAACAGGUGAAACCACCACCACACCCACAGCAACAGUGCCCACCUCCUCCAGCAGCACCACCAGCACCUCCAGGACCACUCCAGGAAGCACCACAACACCCACGACCACGACUGCUCACACAGAAACCUCCACUGUGACAAGUAAGACUCCAACAUCCACCACUACUGCCUCCACCACAUCCACUCUAUCAACCACCACCACUGGCACCACAGCUGUUCCCAGUCCCACUGCCACACCAACAGAACGCACAACCAACACCACACCCACCAGCACAAGCAGCACCACAAGGACCUCUCCAACUCCAACAACAGGUGCAACCACCACCAGCACACCCACAGCAACAGUGCCCACCUCCUCCAGCAGCACCACCAGCACCUCCAGGACCACUCCAGGAAGGACCACAACACCCACGACCACGACUGCUCACACAGAAACCUCCACUGUGACAAGCAAGACUCCAACAUCCACCACUACAGCCUCCACCACAUCCACUCUAUCAACCACCACCACUGGCACCACAGCUGUCCCCAGUCCCACUGUCACACCAACAGAACGCACAACCACCACCACAUCCACCAGCACGGCCAGUACCACAAGUAUCUCUCCCACUCCCACUCCCAAUUCAGGCACAAGCACCAGCACACCCACACCAACAGUGCCUACCACAUCACCCACCAAUCCCUCCCACAUCCCCCACAGCACAACGAGCUGCUGUGCCUGGACCCAGUGGUUUGACGUGGAUUCCCCUCAACCUGGAAGUGAAAAUGGAGACAUAGAGACGUUUGCCAAAAUCCGAGCCGCUGGCUAUGACCUGUGCGACAAGCCUCAAGGCAUCGAGUGCCGUGCUAAAGAUUACCCUGACAGGGAUCUGGACAAACUGGGACAGAAGUUUGAGUGCAGCCUUGACGCUGGGCUUGUGUGCAGAAACAAGGACCAGAUCAAAAAGUACCCCAUGUGCUUCAACUACGAGAUCAGGGUGCUGUGCUGUGACCGUGAUGGCUGCACAACAGCAUCACCGCCAACCACCAGUGCAGGCCCCUCCACCACAGUCUCCUCUACAGAAACAUCCACUGUGACAACCGAGACUCUAACAUCAACCACGACUGCCUCCACCACGCCCCCACCACCAGUGACAACCACCACCACUGGCACCACAGCUGUCCCCAGUCCCACUGCCACACCAACAGAACGCACAACCACCACCACACCCACCAGCACAAGCAGCACCACAAGGACCUCUCCCACUCCAACAACAGGUGAAACCACCACCACACCCACAGCAACAGUGCCCACCUCCUCCAGCAGCACCACCAGCACCUCCAGGACCACUCCAGGAAGCACCACAACACCCACGACCACGACUGCUCACACAGAAACCUCCACUGUGACAAGUAAGACUCCAACAUCCACCACUACUGCCUCCACCACAUCCACUCUAUCAACCACCACCACUGGCACCACAGCUGUCCCCAGUCCCACUGUCACACCAACAGAACGCACAACCACCACCACAUCCACCAGCACGGCCAGUACCACAAGUAUCUCUCCCACUCCCACUCCCAAUUCAGGCACAAGCACCAGCACACCCACACCAACAGUGCCCACCACAUCACCCACCAAUCCCUCCCACAUCCCCCACAGCACAACGAGCUGCUGUGCCUGGACCCAGUGGUUUGACGUGGAUUCCCCUCAACCUGGAAGUGAAAAUGGAGACAUAGAGACGUUUGCCAAAAUCCGAGCCGCUGGCUAUGACCUGUGCGACAAGCCUCAAGGCAUCGAGUGCCGUGCUAAAGAUUACCCUGACAGGGAUCUGGACAAACUGGGACAGAAGUUUGAGUGCAGCCUUGACGCUGGGCUUGUGUGCAGAAACAAGGACCAGAUCAAAAAGUACCCCAUGUGCUUCAACUACGAGAUCAGGGUGCUGUGCUGUGACCGUGAUGGCUGCACAACAGCAUCACCGCCAACCACCAGUGCAGGCCCCUCCACCACAGUCUCCUCUACAGAAACAUCCACUGUGACAAGCAAGACUCCAACAUCCACCACUACAGCCUCCACCAUAUCUCACCCACCAGCGACAACCACCACCACUGGCACCACAGCUGUCCCCAGUCCCACUGCCACACCAACAGAACGCACAACCACCACCACACCCACCAGCACAAGCAGCACCACAAGGACCUCUCCCACUCCAACAACAGGUGAAACCACCACCAGCACACCCACAGCAACAGUGCCCACCUCCUCCAGCAGCACCAAAAGCACCUCCAGGACCACUCCAGGAAGGACCACAACACCCACGACCACGUCUGCUCACACAGAAACCUCCACUGUGACAAGCAAGACUCCAACAUCCACCACUACAGCCUCCACCACAUCCACUCUAUCAACCACCACCACUGGCACCACAGCUGUUCCCAGUCCCACUGCCACACCAACAGAACGCACAACCAACACCACACCCACCACCACGGCCAUUACCACAAGGACCUCUCCAACUCCAACAACAGGUGCAACCACCACCAGCACACCCACAGCAACAGUGCCCACCUCCUCCAGCAGCACCACCAGCACCUCCAGGACCACUCCAGGAAGGACCACAACACCCACGACCACGACUGCUCACACAGAAACCUCCACUGUGACUAGCAAGACUCCAACAUCAACCACUACAGCCUCCACCACAUCCACUCUAUCAACCACCACCGCUGGCACCACAGCUGUGCCCAGUCCCACUGCCACACCAACAGAACGCACAACCACCACCACACCCACAGCAACAGUGCCCACCUCCUCCAGAAGCACCACCAGCACCUCCAGAACAACUCCAGGAAGCACCACAACACCCACGACCACGACUGCUCACACAGAAACCUCCACUGUGACAAGUAAGACUCCAACAUCCACCACUACUGCCUCCACCACAUCCCCUCUAUCAACCACCACCACUGGCACCACAGCUGUUCCCAGUCCCACUGCCACACCAACAGAACGCACAACCACCACCACAUCCACCAGCACGGCCAGUACCACAAGUAUCUCUCCCACUCCCACUCCCAAUUCAGGCACAAGCACCAGCACACCCACACCAACAGUGCCCACCACAUCACCCACCAAUCCCUCCCACAUCCCCCACAGCACAACGAGCUGCUGUGCCUGGACCCAGUGGUUUGACGUGGAUUCCCCUCAACCUGGAAGUGAAAAUGGAGACAUAGAGACGUUUGCCAAAAUCCGAGCCGCUGGCUAUGACCUGUGCGACAAGCCUCAAGGCAUCGAGUGCCGUGCUAAAGAUUACCCUGACAGGGAUCUGGACAAACUGGGACAGAAGUUUGAGUGCAGCCUUGACGCUGGGCUUGUGUGCAGAAACAAGGACCAGAUCAAAAAGUACCCCAUGUGCUUCAACUACGAGAUCAGGGUGCUGUGCUGUGACCGUGAUGGCUGCACAACAGCAUCACCGCCAACCACCAGUGCAGGCCCCUCCACCACAGUCUCCUCUACAGAAACAUCCACUGUGACAAGCAAGACUCCAACAUCCACCACUACAGCCUCCACCAUAUCUCACCCACCAGCGACAACCACCACCACUGGCACCACAGCUGUCCCCAGUCCCACUGCCACACCAACAGAACGCACAACCACCACCACACCCACCAGCACAAGCAGCACCACAAGGACCUCUCCCACUCCAACAACAGGUGAAACCACCACCAGCACACCCACAGCAACAGUGCCCACCUCCUCCAGCAGCACCACCAGCACCUCCAGGACAACUCCAGGAAGCACCACAACGCCCACGACCACGUCUGCUCACACAGAAACCUCCACUGUGACUAGCAAGACUACAAGAGCACCCAGUACUGCCUCCACCAUAUCUCACCCACCAGCGACAACCACCACCACUGGCACCACAGCUGUCCCCAGUCCCACUGCCACACCUACAAGCACAAGCAGCACCACAGGGACCUCUCCCACUCCAACAACAGGUGCAACCACCAGCACACCCACACCAACAGUGCCCACCUCAGCCAGACGCACCACCAGCACCUCCAGGACCACUCCAGGAAGCACCACAGUAACAAUGACCAUGUCUGCUCACACAGAAACCUCCAUAGUGACGAUCAAGACUCCAACAGCACCCACUACUGCCUCCACCCAGUUAGCGACUACAAGCACAAGGGGCCGUACAGUUCUCCUUCAAUUUUCCUCCCCAGGGGAACUCGUAUACACCAUAACAGACGCGGCUGGCUGUAAGGUUUAUGGACUUUGCAGCGAGGAAUGUGAAAUUGCCCCGACCCUGGGGCCAUGUCCUCCAACCACCCCAGGAACAACUACAGCAACAACCCUCACAACUCCAGCAGGAAGAAACUGUACUGAUGUGAAUCCUUCACGAAAGGUGGUUCCCCUCAUUAUUCCUGGAGAGAACUGGACAAGUGAAUGCCAGGAGUGUGUCUGCGACCCCCACACUGCUACCACACGAUGCCAGCCGGUCCUAUGCCAGUCCGUUCAGCCACCAGAGUGUGAACUGGGGUUCUAUUUAGAGACUGUAAAACCACCAAAAGACCCAUGCUGUCCUGAAUUUAAGUGCAAACCAUUCAAUGACAGCUGCGUGCACAACGGUACACUGUACAAGGUUGGAAUGUCAGUAGUAAACGAUUCAUGCGUUAAUUGUACCUGCACCUCUGAGAAAGAUCCAGUGACUAAGGCAAAUAUUAUGCGCUGUGAGAGAGUUCAGUGUGAAACGUCUUGCCCACCGGUUGACGACAUCCUGGUACUAGAUCAUUGCAGCCAUUACAAAUGUGAAAAAAUUUCAGAUCAAUUUGUUGCAGUCCAAACUAAAAAAGUAUGCCCCGAGUACAACCCCAAGGAGUGCGAUCCUUAUCCAUUUCCACCCCCACCCCUCUCUUUUUACGAAGGUCAAACCUGCAAAGUUCACAGCAAAACAACUGUGAUCCACCACAGUGACUGCGAAUCUUCCGAACCUGUUGAGCUGGCCUACUGCCAAGGCACUUGUCCUGGCUUCUCCAUAUACUCCUUUGAAGCAAACCAGAUGCAACAUGAGUGUAGCUGCUGCCAGGAGCUCAGCAGCCACAGAAGAGAGGUGACCCUGACUUGCCAAAAUGGAACAAGCAUAAAUUAUAACUAUGUCUACGUGGAGCAAUGCCUGUGUAUGACAGCAUGCACUGCAGAAACCUCCGCAGCGCCUGGCUCCCCAGGGAAAAGUCAGCAGAAGAGAGAGAAGGUCGCAUGGAAAAGCAAGCAGGCACCCUAGGAAAGCUGGAAUCCUGUUUUCCCCAGGAUACCUUGUGCUCUUUCUUUAAGGGCUCCUACAUCAGUUUGUCAUCACCUUUUCUCAUUUCUUACUUGUAAAAAAAAAUAAUAAAAAUAUCAGUCAAAUAAUUAAAUCUUGGGGUUUGUGUGUUUUGUGGGUUUUUUAAAGUGCUACAAUAGACAAGAGUAAAAAUAGAUGACUGAAAUACUCUUGUUUAAACUACAGAAAUAGGUGAAUUGUUUCCUUUCGAUCACAAAACUGGGGAUUUCUGGGGAAAAAAGGGGGUUUAAGGGGUCUCUAAAAAACAAACCAGAAAAAAUUGUAGCUACAUUGCACUUAACUCCUGUGCCUAGAGGAAGUUUUACUGUGUGUUGUUGUUACGGAUGUAAUGGGCCAAACAGACAUCACAGUGACAGGGAGAAGGCUCUUCUCUUCGUUUUGUCUCUUAUUUUUUGGUUUCUGUGACUGGUGACGGUUUGACACCCAUCUCCAUUGCCUAAAUGACAGAGUCCAGUGGCAUCAGAGCGUUACCUCACCUGGUAUAUUCUCUAGCAGCCUUUGGGAACAAAGAUGCUCUCAAAGCCGUUCUCCUGGG